AUGACGGCAGGGCUUGACGCUACUUACGGGCAGCGGUACCUACGUGAGUUGGGGGUACUUACGUGUAGCGGUAUUUACGUGGGGGGUCUCUGGAACAUGUUGGAGUGUGUGGGGCACAAGAAAGCAGGCACGAUGAAGAGCGCAAAGCAGGGCCAAGAGGCCAUUGGGAAGAGCAUGGCUCGGCGGGGUGAACGAGACAAUGGCACGCAUGGCGGACCUGACGCGCCGUCUGACGGACCCGGUGGCGGCGGCGAAGGAGACUGCGCAGGAUCCGGAGUAAAUGUAAUCAAUCGGAAACCACGGCUAGUAUUGGGUCGAUUGGUCGAACAGAUCCUGUCUCGAGCCUCUGUCCCGAGCCUUUGUCCCGAGCCUCUGUCUCUCGAGCCUUUGUCCCGAGCCCUUAGUACGUACAUGAUGCCCAAAGGAAUAUUAUGA